AAGAAGUGUGACCUUACAAAAGAUGUUACCAGUGUUGAUCAAGAGUCAGUUCUACAUGCCCUGCUUAGACAGCCUGCUGCUAGACCCAUCCAGACUCUCGAUUCUCCCUCACCAAGCCAUCUUGUGGAAUGCAGUGAGUUGGUUGGUUUGGUAUCUAAAGAGCAUGCUUACUCAUUGCCUCCGUCUUCCUCUCUACCAUUGGGUUUGCCAGGUACACCCUUCCAGGUUUCCCCUUUAAGUGGUUCUUCUGGACUGCUGCAGCAUCAAAGGACAAUGUAUGAGGAUGGAAGUAGAGCAUUUAACCCCUCUGCCAUUCAGAAAGAUAAAGUUGAACAAGUAUACAGGACUCAAGACGACCUGAAAAAACAUUUGAUGCGCAGAAGGAAGUUCAGACACUCCCGUACCUUUGUCAACAUGAAUGAAUCUGUCCAAGUGACAAAACAAUGGAAAGAGAACUACGAUUUUAAUCUAGACAGCAAGUUUGCAAGUGACUCAAAGGAUGGAGCUAUUAUCCGAGCCUUGCAUGGGCCAUGGGAUUACUCUGUUCAAGACUCCAGUGAAGAGCUUCGGCUCAUCGUGCACAUGUGGAUAGGUCUGUUCUACAGCCGGUCAACACCCAGGUUGUUUCAUAUCGACUCUGACUCAACAUUACCAUGUUCAGAAGAGAGUGAUUCUUUGGAAAUGUCCAGUGAAUUGGUAUCAAGCUCAGGCCAGUCUGAGUUGAAUGCCAAUUCAGAUGCACAUUUCCCAAAUGUGGCGGACACUUCAGACCCUUUAAUUUCAAAAGCACUGGACCUCAGCAAGAAAGACAGCUCUGCCUUGAACCAAGGAAUUACUUUGGACCAUGGAUCUAUGAUUUUGGACUUGUCUGUGAAAAACUCCAAUGCAGAGGUUGUCACUUCUGAUUCACAAGUCACAAGCAACAAAGACCCAGAUGCGUCUAGUGAAUGGAAAGGAGCAAGUAAAACAUUGAACACCCAGUCAUCCAAGGGACAACAGGAAGCAAGUCCAUCCAAGGUUUUUAGAGAGAUUGUACUCUCAGAAAAGAUCAUUAAAGAGGUGAAUGAUGUCAGAAUCACCUAUAAAAACAACAGGACCUGCACAACUUUGCAAAAAGUUGGCCAAUUGGAGCACACUAAUGUUUCAUAUGUACCAAGAAUUCUUGAACAGAAAGCAAUGGAAGAUGUAACCAUUCAACCAGAAAAAGAUCAGACUACUUCCAGAAUUGCUGACAUGUUACAAGGAUGCUACAAUGACAAGACUGACGUGAAAGUUGACACUGGGAAUUCAGAGGCCACAGAGAUCCGUUUGGUUCAACCACUUGAAAGGUUUUAUCCAAAUCCAUGAUGGAUGACUCCAACAAAGAAGCAGGAGAUGGGGUUCCGACAUUUCAGCCUAAUGAAAUUGAACCCAAAUAUGGAGAGGAACUGGAAGUAAAAGGAAAGCUACACCAAGAUGAUAACCAUGAGCCUUAUCCAAAACGUAUCCAGGAAGGUGGGGAUACAACCAUCAAAGAUUUGGCUGUAGUUUGCCAUGAAAAUCUUAUGGAAAAUGAAAAGCGGUUAUCAAGUGAGGGACCUAUGGCAGUCUCAGAAAGCAAGGCUGUAAAUGUGAAUGAAGAUGUGGAUUGCUGUGCAAUUAAUGAAAGUAAAGUGAUCACAGAAGAUCACUUUGGUGAAGAUGACAGGCUUGUUGAGAAAGACAGUUCUGUUUCAGCUGUGGAUACUGAAAGCGAUGAAAAAAAUCAUCCAUUGUCUGUGAUGUGUAAUGGCCAAGACUUUGUUAAGAAGGAUGACAUCACAAAGCAUACAUGCCCAGAGCACCUGGAUGAGCAGCUACCACAAGCGGAAAACAAAGAAUCGUUUCAUGAUUUACAGUUGAGAAAGCUCUGUGCAAAUGGCAGAGAUGAACAUACCAUCCCACAAGGAUGCUACAAUGGCAAGACUGACGUGAAAGACGACACUGGAAAUUCAGAGGCUACAGAGAUCCGUUUGGUUCAACCACUUGAAAGGGUUUUAUCCAAAUCCAUGAUGGAUGACUCCAACAAAGAAGUAGGAGGUGGGGUUCCGACAUUUCAGCCUAAUGAAAUUGAACCCAAAUAUGGAGAGGAACUGGAAGUAAAAGGAAAGCUACACCAAGAUGAUAAUCAUGAGCUUUAUCCGAAACGUAUCCAGGAAGGUGGGGAUACAACCAUCAAAGAUUUGGCUGUAGUUUGCCAUGAAAAUCUUAUGGAAAAUGAAAAGCGGUUGUCAAGUGAGGGACCUAUGGCAGUCUCAGAAAGCAAGGCUGUAAAUGUGAAUGAAGAUGUGGAUUGCUGUGCAAUUAAUGAAAGUAAAGUGAUCAAAGAAGAUCACUUUGGUGAAGAUGACAGGCUUGUUGAGAAAGACAGUUCUGUUUCAGCUGUGGAUACUGAAAGUGAUGAAAAAAAUCAUCCAUUGUCUGUGAUGUGUAAUGGCCAAGACUUUGUUAAGAAGGAUGACAUCACAAAGCAUACAUGCCCAGAACACCUGGAUGAGCAGCUACCACAAGCAGAAAACAAACAAUUGUUUAAUGAUUUACAGUUGAGAAAGCUCUGUGCAAAUGGCAGAGAUAAACAUGCCAUCCCAGAAAAAGGUCCUCACUCCUCAUCAAACAUGGAGGCCAAAUGUAAUGAACCUGCAGUGAAGGAAAAUGCAGAAAAUGACAUUUGUACUGCUGCUAAAGCAACAAAGAAUGAGAGCACGUGUUCGUUGGAUGGGUCGAACGCAAGGAACUGUAUUCCCCAGACAAAUAACAGAGUUGCAUCAGGAAACAAAAACAAAGCAAUGGCAAGCUUCAAUCUAAGAAGUGAUGAUCAUAAACAUUGGGAUACCAAAUCAGUUCAAAUGGUUGAUAACACAACUGAUAAGGAAUUAUCACUUCAUCUGUCUCAUUCACCCAAGUGUGAGCAAAUACAGCUUGAAGCUGAAGUGACAAAAGAAAUGGAUCAAAGAAGUGGCAAAACAAACGAGGGAUUGGAAGAGUGUAAUGGUAGAGUUGUAAUUCCAUUUAUUGGAAUUGACAUCUCUAGAGAGGAUAUAGUACUUCCUCAUGACUCACAGUCACAAGACUGUAACUGUAAAAAGGCAGACGUGUCUACAGGCAAAGUAUCCCUUCUUGAUAUUCCUGAAAACAAGCCAUGGGCCUUUGGAGGUUGGUCUGACGACCGGUGCCCCACACCAACUAUGGAUGAGAAACCAUAUGAGUCCAUAACUUCUUCUGAUCCUCAAAGUUAUCCAUCCAGCACAUUUUUGACUCAGAAAUGCCUCAAUGGAAGCUCAGUAACUGGAAAAGACAAGGUGCCUAUUGAACAAAAACCUUGUCAGAAGUCUACAGUUAACGGAGAUUCUGACCCUCAUCAUGGUCUUCACCCUGAUCUUGAACUAAGAACUUUAAGAGUUUUUCAAAGUAUAGACCAGUUCCUCUCCAAAUCUGAGUUGAAAAUAAUCCAUAAAAAGUCAGCACCAGUGUCUUCCUCUUCAGUACAAAAAGUGCACACAGAAUCAUCAGCACACUUUCUUAUAUCACCUUUCAAAAGUAAAAUAGAGGAAGUACUUGGGGUUGGGUUGCAGCUUAAGAAGACAGACUCAUCGGUACGUCAACAGUAUUUUGAAGGAACAGAAAAAUCACAAGAAUCUUCCUCAGGGCAAGGUUAUUGUCAUCCCCACCACUCCCUUUCUUCUACUUCUACUUUGGGAGCCAUUAUUUCAAAUGUUGACCAAGACACAGCAACAUCACAGGCCAAUUUAAGUCAUGAACCAUGUUCAUCCAGUCUGCGCCCUGUCAUGGCUGUGAAACCAUCAAAGAGUGAUGAAAGUCAAGCAGAUAGCCUAUCAAAAGACAGACAAAUUGAUCACUCUGUAAUGUCAAAAUUUGCCAAAAAUAAACAACCUAAAAUCCCUUUGGUCACCUCUCCUACACGCACUACAAUGCUAUUGGAGAAACAGAGAGAAUGUUACAAAGGGACUUCUGAAGGAAUAAACAACAAUGCCCAAGAAGCCUCCAAACUUUUAGAGAAGAGCAGUUGGUCGCCACAUGUAGGUGACCGUAAGUCAAAGUAUGAUAAAGAUACACUUGUAUGCCAAGAUCCUUUGUAUCAGAACAAAAGAAGGGACUCUUCAAAAUACAACAAGAUUUCUUCAUCAUCUCUCCCUGUUCAGACUUUUGGAUGUAUAAAAAGUUCAUCUCAACUUGUCAAUGGAAAACAUGGUUUCUCUACAAAUAGUUCAGCAGAUAGAGUUGGUCAGACAGCUGCAGAGAGUCUUGACAUGGAUCAGAACGACUGCUUGAGUGCAUCAACUUCACUUGUGGACUACAAAGAUGACAACAACAUUGAUGACAGUCUCUACCUGGGCCCUGAUAGCUCACUCUCAUGCACCGUCUACAACACCAGCCAGAAGAGAUCUCAUUCAUUUCUGGAGCAGAUUUCUCAACGGUGCAUACAAGAAGACCCAACUGAGGCGUCAAUGGAACAGGAAUGCCUUAUCUUUUCAGAAAAAAUUAAACAGCUUCUGAAAAGAAGUAAAAAGGGAUCAAUCCACCAACCUGAGUCACAUGGAAAAUUGAAUCUGCCUUGCCCCAGUCCUAUGACUGUACACUUCUCAGGUCUAGAAGAGCAGGAGGAAACCAUGGAUCACUUGGAUGCACCGUCACUUUUUGGACAAAAAAUCAAGGUUCACAUGUCUGACAGGGAAGACCUGGAAGCCACCACAGAGGGGGAAAAGGCUUUACAUUCUAAAAAGUCAUCUGAAGGUACAGGCACACCAAUUGAAGAUGCUGGAGUGUCUACUGUGACUGCAGAAUGUGCCGAGCUGUAUGAGGAAAAGAUGAACAAUAUUUGUGCUGUCAGAAAAGUCCCAUCUACACGUAAGCACAUGGAAAGAGGUUGCCCAAGGUCUGAACCAAGUAAAUAUUUCGACUUCUGUGACCAAAUGAAGAGGGAGAUGGACAAUAGUUUUCGCAGUAAUCUGAACUCAGUUGUGAAGAAAUCUCGCAAAACUAAGUACAGAUUCUACAUAUUAGAGACGUCAGAUGAUGUCUUCUUUGAGGAAACCAAGGUACAGUUGGAGGCAGAGGGCCACACUGCUGUACAGCCAUCUGAGUUUUUCCUUGAUAAGGGUACUUCUUCAUCUCUUCUCAUCAUCCUCAGGAAUGAAGACAUUGCAGAGCACAUUUGUGAGGUCCCACACUUGUUAGCGCUGAAGAAAUCCCCUGGCGUGCAGUUUGCUGGGAUUGACGAAACAGAUGAUGUUGUCAACCUCACCCAUCAGGAGCUCUUCACAAAGGGGGGUUUCAUAAUGUUGGACGGGGCAGCACUGGAGCCCCUCAGCCUUUGUGACAUGAAAAAAAUGUCAGAAAUCUUGCAAGGACUGAGUAAAACAGGGAAGUGGAAGUGGAUGCUACAUUACAGAGACAGCCGUCGGUUAAAAGAAAAUGCAAGGUUGAGUCAAGAGGCAAAAGAGAAGAAGCAACUCCUAAACUGGUGCCAAGAAGCUGGAAUAAUUGAGGUGUUGCCUUAUCAUGAGUGUGACCUCAUGUCAAGAGAUCAGCCGGAUUAUCUCACAUGUUUGGUCCGCCUACAGGUCCAGAAUAUAUCUGCACGUUACACUGUUUUUAUAACCGAUACAGCAACAGACAGCAAGUUUGAAAGUAAUGGAAUAAUAACGACGACGUUCAACUCGUUCUUGACGUGUUCUCCCAGUGAAGCGUUUUCAGCCUGAGUUGAAAACGUCCGAUGGACAAACCCGAGUUGUCCUUUUUCAAUAAAACGGAAGCUCACUAAAUGAGGAGAAACUAGGAUCUACCUUCAAUGAAGAUAUACAACAUGGCAUAAUCUUUAUUUAAUUAAGCAUUAACAAAUGACUAAUGGCUUGACAUGGUUUUCUUAAGGUUCAUUUGUAAACUGACUUAUAUUUCAGUCAAUAGAGUGUCACUGACGCCAGUAUGCAGGCAGGUGAACUGUUUAUAAUGUAUGUAUUUUGUAUCGUAUUUUUAUUGUACAUGACAGCAAUGAUAACUUGUUAUAAAAAGCUAUUUUUACAUAUAUGUAUAUUUCUUGUUCAGUUGCAACUGUGGCUUGAUUCAUUUUCAGCUCAAUCAUUUGUAGUGUUUUUUUAAAUUAUACAUUCGUUCUGGUCAAAAGGCUAUUCACAUACAUUUGAUUUGUUUUAGUACGUCAUUAUUAUUUUUAUUGCAGUGUACAGGCUUUGCAAAAAAACGAAAUUAAACUGUUUUCAAGUGUAACAUGUUAAAGUAUAUUACUGUUCACUGUUAUACUUUUCUGACUGAGAAAUAAAGAAGCAUUUUGUUGUUUCAUGAAUCUGCACUUAGAGACUGA